AUGGCCACCUCACGCCAUCUUCGCUCGGAGUCUUCAGAGUCGAACUCAUCCAAUGGCUCCUCAUACCAACUAAUCCUGGACCACAUCCUGACCUACCCUGGAAGCUACGAGAUCCCUCUCCGGACCAUGUAUCAGCUCAAUUGCGCGCCCCGCGGCACUCUCAACCAACCUCGAAGCGGCACGCCAUCCUCCAGCGCGGGCAGUUCGCCCAUCACUCCUCAGACGCCAUUUCCGGAAUCAACAAGCACGCAGACUUUCACGGAGAGUCUGAUGGCCCAGAUGCAGCAAUUACCGAACCAACCCAAGGUCCUACCGCCAAGCUUCAUCACCAACUUCCUGUCGAGAUGUUUUCCGGCGAGAUUGACGGAGGUCGACUUCCCACAGGCGCUUACUGGACUCGACUACCUCAAGGAUCUGGAGGCAAGGCGGAGACGUGAAGUGGCGGCAGCCAUGUCCCGGAUGGACAUCGCUCGUGAAGCUCUCCAUGCUGAGAAUGAUUCCUUCGCGGACAAGCGUCCCGGUGUGGCGGCUUGGGCAAAGUCGAUCGAGGAGAAGGAGCGCAAGAUUGAUGCUCUGUACACGCAGCUGUACAUCGGCAUCCGCCGCUGGAUUCUGAUCAACGAACUUUCACUCGUACCAUUCAACAAACAUAACUGCGUGGCGAUGCUGAACACUCUCUACCCGCCGGUGAUUACCUCACAGCCGACCUUCAAACUGACCCGUGAAGUACUCAAGAACCAACGAGAUGGCUUCUUCAAGUACAUUCAAAGCGUCGAGAAGACUGGCCCACAUGUCCUGCGCACGUUGAUGCAGCAAGGCAAGGCUCCUACGGACGUCAACGGCUGGCCAGCAGUGACCCGGACCUUAAGUCUGUAUCUGCAGCUCGCCAACAGCAUGGUCAACGAAUGCUCCGAACUAUCAGAUGUGCAGCAGAUCCCACGACCACGAGAACCAACAAAGUCUUCUCGUCAGACCCGGAAGGCCGACUCAGGCGUCUCGUUUAACAGCGUGGACGUGGCUUCCUCACGUUCAAACUCGAUCGUGGACCCCACGUCACCGACAGAGUCCACCAGACCCAAGACUCCGACCGGUGGCAAGCACAGCACCACCCUCGAGAAGCUCGCACGCGGCCUCAAGACCAUCGGCCGCAGCCGCACCGACGCCACCGAGAUGAUCUCCGACGAGCUCUUCCCGCCCAUCACCUCUGCUCACCCUCAACCGGAGAAGCCCAAGGGUUUGCGGAAGAUGCGCAGCAUGGGCGCCAUCGAGGGUCGCAAAAAAGCCGACGUCUCCGCCGCGCAGAACGCCUCCUUCGACGCCGACGAGAUGCGCAGGCAGCGAUUGCGGUACGAGGCUGGUGUCGCUGCGAAUCAGAAGUUUGGGCGUGGGGUGAAUCAGAGUCAUGAGAUUUGA